AUGGUGCAGGUAGAUCGCGUGCGGAAGGUGGGCAACGCCGGAGUCGUGGUCCAGACCACAUCAAAGGAAUCAGCGGAAAGACUGAGGAGUGCCGCACCUGCAACCCUCCGCGUCACGGAGCCCAAACGGAGGGCUCCACUCGUAAGCCUGCGACACGUGGACGGCGAAGGAGACAUGGAUCAGAUCUACCUAGCCCUGCAGGAUCAAAACUUUACAGGAUCGGAGUGGACCCUGGAACGCCUGCGCAGCCAGAGCAAGCUGGCCUUCAAGAAAAGGGGGAGGGGAACCACCACCGUAGUCCUGGAAUGCUCCCCCGCGCUGCGUGAGGCCCUGCUGGCGAAAGAGAAGGUUUACAUCGGCUGGCAGGUGAUUGAAGUGGUGGACUUCCUGUCUGUAACCUGCUGCAGGAAAUGCCACAUGUACGGGCACCCGGAGAAAUACUGCAGAGCCUCGGAGGUGUUCUGCGGGAGGUGCGGCGCAUCUGGUCAUCGACGGGAGGACUGUUCCGCUGCUGUGGAGUGCUGCGCCACGUGCAAGCGUUUUAACAAGGCGGACGGACGCCAUGACCCACACCACCGCUGCCGCCGCCUGCCCAGCCCGCCAGUACGCAGAGGCACGCUCCGUCUCCAACACGAACUAUGGUCGGCGCUGGCCACCAGGGAGCUGCCCGCGCUGGCCAAGGAGCUGCGUCUCGAUUGUGUUCUUUUGCAAGAACACUACUCGCAGGCGCAGCAGGAGGGGCCAGUCUUCUUGGAGUUUGGCGCCUCACCGAAGGCGGCGGUGUACAUCGUCCGACAAGACCUGCGGGUGGUGGCGCUUCACCAUCUUUCCACGGCGCACUGUGCGACCGUCUGCGUGAGCGCUGGGAGGGGGGAGGACCUUUAUCUCGUGUCCGCCUACUUCCAGUACUCCGAGGACGUCGAGCCGCACCUCUUGCAGCUGGAACGAGUCCACGAGAGUCUUCGGGGAAAAAAGGUGGUCAUUGGAGCAGACUGCAAUGCCCAUUCACCCAUGUGGCACAGCGAGCCCCGGCACUACACCGGACGCGGGGCUGUAGCGGAGCGCCGACGGCAGCACGUGGAAGACUUCAUUACUGGCAGAGAUCUUGUCCUCCACAACCAGGAGGGCCAGCCGAGUACCUUCUCUGGCCCCAACGGGGAAUCUAACAUCGACAUCACGCUGGGGACAAGGAGUGCUGCCGUCUCGAACUGGAUUGUCCAUGAUGGAGUCAGCUCCAGUGACCACCGGCUCAUCACUUUCACCGUUGGUGGCGGCCGAACGCCUUGGACCACUGGGUGCGCCGAGUCUGAAGGAGGGGAGCCGCCGAGGUUUCGGGGGACCGGUGUGGAUUGGGCCCGUUUUCGCAGUACCGUCAGCGAACGGAUGGGGAACCUGGAUGUGAGGAAGCCGGCGUCUGUGCUCGCUAGGGACUUCACUGAUGCAAUCGUGCGCUCUGCGUACGAUUGCCUGGGAACUGCCCGAAGGCGCAAGGACAUCGGCUACGAAUGGUGGAAUGAUAAGCUGGACGCCAUGCGCAAGAAGGUUGCACGCCUUCGCCGCGCGUGGCAGAGUAAAAGGAGCGAAGGAGGCGAGCGAGAGGAGAGUGCGAGGGCCGAGUUCCGUGCGGAGCGCCGGAAAUACCGGAAGCUGAUGGAGGAGACGCAGAACGAGUACAACGUCCGUGAGGCGGAGACCGGUAAUACUGACCCAUGGGGCCAGGCUUACCGGAUCGCCAAUGGCAGAUUCCGCCCACCUGCUAACGUUCUUAGUGGCGUGAAGUAUCUCGAGGGUUAUGCGGAGAGUGUCGACCAGGCUGCGGACAGCCUGUUGGGAGCGCUCUGUCCCGAUGACGAUUUGUCGAAGGACUCUGCCUACCACGGACAAGUCCGGGUCGCGGCGACUCUCAUCCCGUCGACCUGUUCUGCGCCUCCUCCCGGCCCGGAGGACUUGCUAGGGAUAGUCAGGCGACUGCCGAACACCGCGCCGGGUCUCGACGGGAUUACUGCGCGGAUGGUGAAGGAAGUGUGGUCAGCGGCAUCGGUGGAGUUCCACUCGGUGUUCGCUAAGUGUGUGGAAGAGGGUGUGUUUCCAGACGUAUGGAAAGAGGGCCGACUCGUUGUCAUGCCCAAGUCCAACGGCAAACCACUCACGGAUCCGAAGGCCUACCGACCGAUUACGCUCCUUCCGAUCCUUGGUAAAAUAUUAGAACGCGUCUUAUUGAAAUGCGCCCCCCAGAUCUCGGGCGAGAUCUCUGACUGCCAGCAUGGAUUCACCCCGGGGAGGUCGACCGUCACGGCGCUGCAAACUAUGCUCAAAACUGCUACUGAAUCUGAUUUUAAGUAUGUACUGGCACUAUUCUUGGACAUCUCCGGAGCCUUCGAUAACGCUAUGGGGCUCCAUUUCACUCAGGAAACCACAACCCCACUGCGAGCUCUUAGCCAAUUGCAUGCAGAACAUGCACAAGAACCGGAACCAUGCCCCAGCACCUCGGGCAUGGGUGUGGUGGUUUCAGUGGAGCCAGGACCACAAACUGGUCAGCCCCCACGGAGACGAGCUCGCAAAUCGCUGCCUCACGAUAAGUUCUUGGAGGCGCAAUUAGAGAACAACAACUUAUUAAGAGAGGCGAACGCUUUACGUCGGGAAGCUAUUGGCUUACGACGUGAAGCGCUCAAGACAGCUCAAGAGCACGGCACCUUUGUUGCGACGAUCACGUAUGCGGCGGCGUGCUGGGCCGAGAGGGCGACGUUGCACGUCGUGCGGUCGCAGCUUCUCAAGGCGCAGAGGGGGCCACUCAUCCUCCUCACUAAGGCAUACCGUACCACCAGUACCUCUGCGCUGGCGGUCUUAGCGGGCGUCCUGCGUGCGGACCUGGAGGUCAUCCGUGCUGGCAAGAUAGAUCUGGAGCGCCAGUCCGCGACCAGGCUGGAGUUGAGCAGUCGGAAGCGCGAGAUUGGGUCCGCUGUGGUUGACUUGUGGCAGCAACGCUGGGCGAGCGAUGAGAGAGGCAGUCAUCUUCGACGAUUUUUCCCAACGGUGACGGGGAGGCUCGAGGCGACUUGGGUAUCCCCGGACUAUGAAACCUCGCAGAUUCUCACGGGCCACGGAUGCUUCCGGUGGCGCCUACAUGGGUUUCGGCUGUGUGCGAGUAGCUUGUGA